ACUAGGGGAAAAGUUGGAUUAAUGACUCAUUGUAUUUUUGUUGGGAAAAAUUAAAGAUGAAUAAAUUAUGCUGAAUUCCUAUUUGAGGAGAAGAUCGUCAAAUCAUAUUCAAGCAGCAGAGUCGGCCCAUAAGAUUGAAUUUGUACCGGCCCAGCCCAAAGGAAACGGUUAAGUUCUCAGAUCAUCCAAAAAUCCCGACCCAGUCAAAAAAAAUUAAAGUUAACAAUCUCCUUCGCAAUCACAGAAACGAACCCGUUUAUGGCGCCUUCGGCAAUCUCGCCAAUAGACGCCCUUCUUUCUCUUUGAACUUUGUAACUUGAUAGCCCAAGAAAGCAACGAUCUCAGGGAUUCAAUUCCCCCCAGGGCAAAUUGGAAGCUAUGUGAAAUUCUUCAUUUAUAUAUUUUGUGUGUUGCAGCAGGCUUGUUUAGGGUUUACCAGUCAAGGAAGGCUUAUGUAUCGGAUAUAACCAAACCGUCUCAAGCAGUGAAUGUUGCUCAGGCGUAUUAGGAAUUGCUUCAUGAAUAUACGUUACUUUCAAAGGAACCUAUCUGCUGCUUCAUCCCCGCUGGUCCCAGUACCACUUCCAUCUCGAAUGGAAACCCAUUUGUGGUAUAUAUUACCUAAUGAGGUUAAGAGUGAAACCCUUCUUAAUCAAUAUUUGGAACUUCUGUCGCCGUGCGAGAAAGAAAAUGUUUGCCGCAUGCGUGGAUAUCAGCUCCAAAAGAGAGCCCUGCUAGCUCGUGCACUGGUUCGCACUACCAUUGCAAGAUAUCAGACAAAGUGUCCAGUUCAUCCAAGAUCCUUAAAGUUUAAGAAGAAUAUCUAUGGAAAGCCUGAGGUAGAAUGGGAAGAUGUUGAUGACCGGCAGCUUCCACCAUUGCAUUUCAACAUUUCACAUACCUCUUCCUUAAUAGCUUGUGGAGUGACUGUGAAUUCACCAAUUGGUAUUGAUGUGGAGGAGAAACAACGGAAGUUAAAGAACAAUGUUUUAGCAUUUGCUCGAAGGUACUUUUCUCCUUAUGAAGUGGAACUUUUAACUGCUAUUUCGGACCCUGAAAUUCAGCGUCAGGAGUUCAUAAAAUUAUGGACUCUCAAGGAGGCAUAUGUGAAAGCGUUGGGGAGGGGUUUCUCGGCUGUACCUUUUAAGACCUUUACAAUCUGGUUUAGGACUGCUAUGGAAGGGGAAAUUCGUCUUCCUGGGCUUGGCGAUUCUGAGGCACUUGAUAUAGUCGUCGAUUCUUUUAAUGACCAUGAGAAGCUUACAAACAAUUGGCAAUUUGUGCUCUUGGAUUUGGCGGGUUCUCAUUAUGCUGCCAUAUGCAUUGAAAAGGAUAGAACAACUGGAGGUGAAGGGACCCUUCCAAUGAAAUUUACAGUACGUAGAACCAUUCCUUAUGUUGAAGAUGAAUGUGUUCCUGGUGUCGUAGCAAUAGGGGGCUUGACUUAAAAGCAAUUGUGGAUGGUUCGUAUCUGUAGUGAACCAAACUCUCUGAGCUUGUGUUCUAAAUUAUGUGACUUGAAAGCAAUUGGAAGGCAAAACUUUACAUUCUUUUCAUCAGCAAUUCGCCUCUACAUUGCCCGUAUAAUGGAUACUGCAUUUUGUGAGAGAUUUAUAAUGUACAUUUAUUUCAUUUUUAAAGUUAAAUUCCUUGCAUCCUUGUGAUGAGUUGAAGCCC